GAAGACUAGAAAGAGAGAAAAAGAAAAAUAAACGGCAAGGUUUAACAAGUAUUUACAAUUUUCCUGUUUCUUUAAAGGAAAAUUAAUAAUUUUAUGUAUAAAUAAUUAGCUAAUAGGAAAUAAAACAUCAUGCUGAGAACCUUAUUAGUGGAUUUUAAUAAAUUAAGUUUGCGGCCUGUGGCUGUUACACAAGUACGCCAAAAGGGUCAAUUAAGCCGGCCACACUUAAGGAAUCCAUCAUGGUUCUUAAGAAAAGAACGCAAGAUGCGCGACAAUUUAGUUACUCCCGAAAAUAAAUCAUUUGUGCAAGAAAUUGUACAAGAUAAAUUUGGUCCUCCUGCUUUAAUCAAGGGCGUGCCCUCUUAUGACCAGUCCAUACGUGAACAAUUGGUUAAAACCCAAGAAUUAGAACUGCAACCCUGGUCAGAUACUGCCCGUCGUACUGGUGUCAUAGCCCGCAAAAUUGGCCAGUAUCCGUUGUGGCUUAAAAAUGGUGAAAGAAUACGUACCACCUUAUUGCAAAUUGUAGAUAACCAUGUCAUUAAGUAUAUACCACCAGAGGAAUACAAGCCGUCUCAAAAACCCAAUGUAUCUAAUCUGAGUAAUUAUGGCUGUUUGCUAGUAGGCGCUGAAAGUUGUGAUCCCUCAGUGUUGACUAAGGAAUAUUGUGGUUUAUUUAAGGAUUCUGGUUUAAUGCCCAAGAAACAUUUAGUAAGAUUUUUGGUAUCUCCCUCGGCUGAAAUACCAGUGGGUACCCCUUUGAAUGUGGGACACUAUAGAGUGGGCGAUUAUAUAGAUGUUAGAGGAAAAACAGUCGACCAUGGAUUCCAGGGUGUUGUAAAACGUCACGGUUUCAAAGGUAUGCCUGCCUCUCAUGGUGUUACUAAGACUCAUCGUCGUGCUGGUAAUAUUGGUGGUGGUGGUGAAAAGGGUCGUGUCUGGCCUGGUACAAAAAUGCCCGGUCACAUGGGCAAUAGAUGGCGCAUCUCUAAGGGUCUACGUAUUUGGCGUAUCAAUACAAAAUACAAUGUUAUGUGGGUAAAUGGCAGUGCCAUACCUGGCUCUACCAAUGGUUUAGUUUAUAUCUAUGAUACUAUAUUACCAUUGCGUAAACAUAAAACAGCACCACCAUUCCCCACAAGUUUUGAGCAAGUCACGGAAGGACCCGAUGAUAUAUGGUUUGAUAAAGUGCAUAAUUUCAAGGACGAAACUAUCACAUUUAAACCGGAGGAAGAAAAGUAAGGUUUUUUAACAGAGUUGCUGCAUAUUGUUAACGAAUAAAGUUUAGAUGUAAA